UUGUGGAAAUAUGAAACAGCACCGCCAUGGCUCUGUCAGACAGUUAAAACAGAGAUUACCCUUGCCUUAGAAAACGCUUUAUCUCGUUGUCUGUUGCAAAACCUGUCUCUGAAGAUGGUGAAUUGACACCUGUCCUUGACAUACGCUUGCCAGUUCGCAGCAUCAACGCGACGUCAUCAACAAGCGCCUGUAUUUACUUCUAGCUCAGUUAGCCGCCGCCGCUGCUGCUGCUGCUGCAAUGGAAGUAAACAGGGAUGAAGCGGAGCGAUGCAUAGACAUUGCAAUUGCGGCCUUAAACGGCCACCAGCUGGAGAAGGCGCUGAGGUUCCUGGAGAAGGCGCAGAGACUCUUCCCGACAGAUAAAGCCGAGGCUCUGCUGGAUCUUAUAGCAAAGAAUGGAUUCACACCCAGACAGGGGUCCCACUCAGACUUCCCCGGAGCUUCGGGGCCUCGGCAACGACAGAGCACCGGUGAAGACUCUAGACGUGAAGAAAAGCCCGCAGACUCCUCCAAACCAUACAUGGCAGAUCAGCUAGAGGCACAAUGUAAAGACUUCUAUGAAAUCCUCGGGGUUAAGAAAGACGCCUCUGAGGAUGAGUUGAAGAGAUCAUACCGAAAACUUGCUCUGAGAUUCCAUCCUGACAAGAAUCAUGCUCCAGCUAUUGGAAAUGCCUACGCAGUUCUGAGUAACGCCAACAAAAGACGACAGUACGACCAAUGCGGGGAAGAGGGAAGGCACCCUUCAAGCACCGGCCAGGAAAAUGAAAGCUUUGAGCCGGACAUUUCACCCGAAGAUCUCUUCAACAUGUUCUUCGGAGGCGGAUACCCAUCAAGUCGGUGCCUCCGUUUUGGGGUUUUUGAAUUAGGCAACGCCCACGUCUACGCUAACGGACGGAUGCGUAACCAAAGGCGGGAGAGGCGAGAGCGGCCGCGGGACGGAGGCCUUGCCCUUUUCGUGCAGGUCAUGCCCAUCCUCAUCCUGGUUAUCGUGUCAGCUCUGAGUCAGAUAAUGGGCAACAGCCCCUCCUACAGCCUCAGCUUCAGGCCGUCAGCGGGUUACUCGCACAAGAGGCUGACUGAAAAUCUGAAGGUGCCAUACUACGUGGGGGAGCAGUUCUCCAAGGAGUUCAGCGGUGGGAAUCUCAAAGUUCUGGAGCGCUCCGUGGAGGACGACUAUAUUUCAAACCUUCGCAACAACUGCUGGAAGGAGAAGCAGCAAAAGGAAGGCAUGCUGUACAGAGCUCGCUAUUUCGGAGACUCUGAGCUGUACCAAAGAGCGCAGAGGGCUCGGACCCCGAGCUGCGCCAAGCUGUCCGAGAUCACCGCCUCACUACACUGAAAGUUUUACCGAGUCGCCGCAAAAGACGACUGGUUGUAAAUACGUAGGCUUUAACAAUCAGGAGGGCCGACGACGACUCCAGCGUCACCAACACAGCACUAAUCCUCACCACAGGCCGGCCGAGCAAACCGUCUCUGUGGAAUUUUCAUUGUGGAAUUAACAUGAAAUCAUUUCUCUCUGUAUAUUAUUAUGAAAUGAAAAAAAAGCCAUCGAACGUAUCCUGACCUCCGGACUAGACGCGGCUUUGAAUAGCCUGUCAGCAUCGCUGUUGACUGGGAGCCGAAAAGCCACAAAAUAUCACCUUUUAUGACCUUUUAGUUUGCAAGAAACCCAGCGUGAAACCAGAAUAUAGUGUAGCUCUUACUAGUAAUAUGGAUGUUACUUAUGUAGUGGUGAUACCACAUCGAAUGCUUCCCCUGAUUUUGAUGCCGUCAGCUCAGUGGAAAAGAACCGCCCCCCCACCCC